GCUUUCCAGCAUUCCAUGAAACUCACCGAAGGCUUGCCAGAAUUCUCCUUCUACGAUGGCCCGCCAUUUGCCACUGGGAUCCCGCACUAUGGGCACCUUUUGUCCUCCACUAUCAAGGAUAUUGUUCCUAGAUAUGCCACCAUGACCGGGCACCAUGUCGAGCGCCGUUUCGGCUGGGACACCCACGGCUUACCUGUUGAGUACGAGAUUGACAAGAAACUCGGGAUCACCGGUAAGGAGGACGUCAUGAAGAUGGGGAUCGCCAAGUACAACGAAGAGUGCCGUGCCAUUGUCAUGAGAUACGCCGACGAAUGGAGACAGAUCAUCGGGAGAUUGGGGAGAUGGAUCGAUUUCGACAACGAUUACAAGUCCCUUUACCCGUCCUUUAUGGAGUCUACAUGGUGGGUGUUCAAGGAGUUGUACAAACUGGACAAUGUCUACAGAGGCUUAAGAGUUAUGCCGUACUCCACCGGCUGCACCACCCCAUUGUCCAAUUUCGAGGCCCAGGAAAACUACAAGGACGUAUCUGAUCCAGCCGUCACUGUUGCGUUCUCAUUAGUCAGCGACCCAAACACCAAGUUGGUUGCCUGGACCACCACCCCGUGGACGUUACCAUCCAACUUGGCGCUCUGUGUGAACGAAUCAUUCGAGUACGUCAAGAUUUACGACGAAAAGGCCGAAUGCCACUACAUUUUACUUGAGUCCUUGAUCAAGACCUUGUACAAGAAACCAGCCGCCGAAAAGUACAAGAUUGUCGAGAAGAUCAUGGGUAAGGACUUGGUUGGCUUAAAGUAUGAGCCUUUGUUUCCAUACUUCACCGACACGUUCAACGAGUUCGGCUUCAGAGUCAUCUCUGCCGACUACGUGUCCGCCGACUCCGGUACCGGUAUCGUCCACCAGGCCCCAGCCUUUGGUGAGGAGGAUUUCACUGCCUGUACCGCACACGGUGUCAUCUCUGAGACGAGACAGCCACCUAGUCCUAUCGAUGACAACGGUAGGUUUACCAAGGAAGUCACCGAAUGGAAGGGUGUCUACGUCAAGGAUGCCGAUUCCAAGAUCAUCAGAGCUUUGACUGAGCAAGGCAAGAUCGUUUUGGCCACCCAAAUCAGACAUAGUUACCCAUUCUGCUGGAGAUCCGACACCCCGUUGAUCUACAGAACCGUGCCUUGCUGGUUUGUCAGAGUCAAGAAUAUUGUCCCACAAAUGAUAGAGAACGUCGAAAGAACUAACUGGGUUCCUUCCGCCAUCAAGGAAAAGCGUUUCUCUAAUUGGAUCGCCAAUGCCCGUGACUGGAACGUCUCCAGAAACAGAUACUGGGGUUGCCCUAUGCCAUUGUGGGUUUCCGAUGACUUCGAGGAAGUCGUCUGUGUCGGCUCUAUUCAGGAAUUGAGAGACUUGAGCGGCGACCAAACCAUCGAGGACAUCCACAGAGAAAAGAUCGACCAUCUCACCAUCCCAUCCAAGAUGGGCAAGGGUAACUUGAAGAGAAUUGAGGAGGUUUUUGACUGUUGGUUUGAGUCUGGCUCCAUGCCGUACGCCUCCAAGCACUACCCAUUCGAAAACCCGGAGAAGUUCCAAAACGGCUUCCCGGCCAAUUUCAUCUCAGAGGGUUUGGAUCAGACCCGAGGCUGGUUCUACACCUUGACCGUGUUAGGGACUCACUUGUUCAACACCGCUCCGUACAAGAAUGUCAUUGUCAAUGGUAUGGUGCUUGCUUCUGAUGGUAAGAAAAUGUCCAAGAGAUUGAAGAACUACCCAGAUACAGCCGUUGUGUUGGAUAGAUACGGUGCUGACGCGCUCAGAUUGUACAUGAUCAAUUCCCCGGUCUUGAGAGCCGAGACCUUGAAGUUCAAGGAGGAGGGUGUCAAGGAGGUUGUCUCCAAGGUCUUAUUGCCAUGGUGGAACUCCUACAAGUUCUUAGAGGGCCAGGUCUGUCUCUUGAAGAAGUUGGAGAACAUUGACUUCCAGUACAACCCCAAGUUGGUGUCUGAGAACGUCAUGGACAAGUGGUUGUUGGCCUCUACCCAAUCCUUGAUUCAGUUCAUCCACCAGGAAAUGAAGGCCUAUAGGUUAUACACCGUUGUGCCAAAGUUGUUGUCUUUGAUCGACGACUUGACUAACUGGUACAUCAGAUUCAACAGAAGAAGAUUGAAGGGUGAAAACGGUAUCGAGGAUGCCACCAAGGCUUUGAACACUUUGACUGACGCCCUUUUCACUCUUGUGAGAGCCAUGGCUCCGUUCACUCCUUUCUUGGCAGACACCAUCUACCAGAAGUUGCAACCAUUGUUCAAGACAGAGGACUUGGAAGCGUUUGCUGUCAACCCAGCCAAGGCCAAGGACAUCAGAUCUGUUCACUUCUUGCAGUACCCAACUGUCAGAGAGGAGUUGUUCGACCCUAAGAUCGAACUCGCUGUUGGCAGAAUGCAAAAGGUUAUUGAAUUGGGGAGAAUCAUCAGAGAAAAGAAGACCAUCUCGUUGAAGACCCCAUUGAAGUCUAUGGUCAUUUUACACGCGGAUGAAGCGUACUUGAAGGAUGUUGCUUCUUUGCAGUCUUAUAUUGUCGAGGAGUUGAACGUCAGAGAAUUGAUUCUUACCUCUGACGAGGCAAAGUAUGGUGUUGAAUACACCGCUGUUGCCGACUGGCCAGUGUUGGGUAAGAAGUUGAAGAAGGAAGUCAUGAAGGUCAAGGCUGCCUUGCCACUUUUGACCUCUGCCGAAGUCCAAGACUAUGCUGCCACCGGUAAGGUUACCGUCGCCGGAAUCGAAUUGGAAGCUGGUGACUUGAACGUCUUGAGAGGAUUGCCGGCCGAGAAGGCUGCCGAAGGCCAGGAAGUCAGAACCGACCAAGACGUCUUGGUCAUCUUAGACAUCAAUGUCUAUGACGAGUUGAAGACCGAGGGUUUGGCCAGAGAAAUUGUCAACCGUAUCCAGAGAUUGAGAAAGAAGGGUGGUUUGGAAGCCACCGAUGAUGUUAGAGUCCAGUACGAGUUGGUCAAGGACACUUUGUGUCUUGAGAGUAUCAUCCAGCAACAUGCUGAGCUCUUGUCCAAGACCUGUAGACGGGACUUGGAAAAGUAUUCUGAUGUUGACGCCGCCGACAUCAUUGUUGAUGACGAAGAGGCCUCCAUCAACGACACUAUCUUUAAAUUAAGAUUGGUCAGGUUGUAAGCUUGUUUAUUUUUAUUCUCUUAGAGUAUUUUACAUAAAUAAUAUUGACAUUUUAAAAAUGAGCAG